AUGCACAAAAAUAAUUAAGUCCCAAACCAAAAUUUAUUAUAAUAAUGGAUAGACGGUCCCAUUUCAGAUUAACCAUUAGAACCCGGACACGGUCGAGGUAUUUUUUGUUUAGAUAUAUAAGGGGAUUGGUUAGUAACAGGUUCAGCAGAUCAUGGACUUAGAGAAUAUAAUAUGUUUCCAUAAAAAAAAAAAAAAAAUCAAAUAUUUUAAUAUAUAAAAAAAAGUUCAACAAAUUCAUACAGAAGAGAACUUUAUGCAAAAAAAUAUGGGCAUACAGAAUGGGUUACUAGUGUAAAAUAUUUAACUGACGGAAGAAUCAUAUCUGCAGGAAUGGAUAGUUAAUUAUGUUUAUGGGAUAGAGGAGCUGUAAAAUGUGAUCAUAUUAAAGGACAUGAAGGGAGUGUUACUAAAGUAUUAAUAGAUGAAAAUAAUAUUUGUGUAAGUUCUUCUUAUGAUUGUACUUUAUAUAUUUGGGAUUUAAAUACAAAGUAAAAUGCAAUAAGAUUAUUUGGUCCACAUAAAGACGCAGUACUUGAUUUUGCAUGGAAUAAUUCAUUAAUUGUGAGUGGAGAUAAAACAGGAACAAUUGCUUUUUGGGAUAUUAAUACAGGAACAGCCAUAAAAUCUUCAAAAAUACACAAAGGAGCUGUUUCUUAAAUAUUGUUAUAUUCAGAUGGAUCUAAUCAUAAUUAUAUAGUUUCUGCUGGAUUGAAUGAUGGUGCAAUAAGUUUCUAAGAUAUGAGAACUAAUAAAGUUGUUAAUAAUACAUAGAUACAUCAUGGUGCAAUCAAUGCACUUGAAUAAAAUUUAUCAGGAUAAAUUGUUACUGGAAGUGCAGAUAAAUCUAUUAAAAUUACUGAUAUUUAAAGCGGAUUUAAAUAGUUAUCAACUAUGAAAGCUACUGAUAUGGUUUAUUGUUUAUAAACUAUUUAUAAUUUAACUCUUGCAGGAUGUGGAGAUGGAAAUAUUCUUUGUUUUGAAAAUGAUCAUGGAAAAUCUUUAUAUGGAUUUGGGGCUAUGAGUAAAGGAGUAGUUAGAUCUAUGAAAAUAAAUGAUAAAAGCACAAAGUAUUUUUUUUUUUUUAUUAUUUAAUAAUAAUUUAAAAGAUUGGUGGCUAUUGGAGAUGAUUUUAGUCCUUUUGUUAUAAGUUAUGUAUGA